CCUCACAAAAACCAGCAAGCCACACGAGUCUCCACCUCCUAACAGCAGCAGCCCAACAGCAGCGCGCCCACAGAAGGAACACCGGAAGAGGAAAAGGUUGACGCAACACUUACACCAUGGAAGUCCAAUUCGAUGCAUUCUACCGCACCCCGGAGACGGGCCUCAAAAUUCCCGAGAAGCCGGCCACCCCCACGCCGGCUGCUACCCCCACCGCAACCACUACUGCUGUACAGCCGGAAUCAACACCGGCACCGGGAGCGACAGUAGUGAUUCGUGGCUGAGAUCCGGUUGGCCUGUGCUUUGAUUGAUGGCUUGUCGGCUUACCUCGCGGUAAGGCUGCGCGUGUAUUUAGUACCGGGAGUGAGGGAAUGUCCAAAAAUGCCGUCCGUUGCUGCCAGGUAGCGGUUCCAAACGUAUUUACUCUACGAGUAGUAGUUUGUCUAAUGUUAUUAUGGGUUCACACGAGUACAUGCGGCUGUUCGGUGUAGUUUGGUUGUUUUGUGUGUGGACGACGGGACAAUUUGACGGAAACAUGUGUCAGUUUCGGUUUGCCGCCCGAUCCCGGCGUUCCGAAGGAGAACUUGAUACGCGGAGGCAAAGGUCGUUUUAGUUCGUUAUGCUUGCUGAUUUUGGUGCCAAGCGUUUCGGAGCUUCGUGUUGUCGUUUGUGUAUGUCUUUGUUUGUAGUUGCCGGAUGUCUAAUCGUGGUGUAUGUGUAUGCGGGCUGAUCAGAGGUUUGGAAGCGAGAAAUUCGAAAUUCGUAGCCAGCCGCGGGGCAACAUGCCCAGGUACACGAGCCAGUCUACAUGUUUCCGCUGGCUGCUGUGUUGCGCUUGACUUUGUAUCAAUGUAUCGAUAUCGUGGAUGUCGUUUUUCAUCACACCCUUGUCCCAUAUGGUAUGCGUACACGAUCGCUAGCAUGAAAGGAUCUCCGUUCGAUCGCACGGCGAUACGUUGGGUUUUGGUUCGUUUGGUGUUAAUGGGCAAUUCGGCGGGAGCCCGAGAGCGUUUUCAAGUGGUGUUUUGUGUUGAAUGGUUUGUUUCGAUAACAGGGGGGUAGGGGGGGGCGCAGAGUUCGACUGCCAGUGUUGUUGUUCGGAGCUCCGCCAAGAGGAGGGAUUGUGUGGAAAUUGAUCAUCUCAGGAUUUAACUAAUUGUGGAUAAAACAUCGAAGGAAUCAUC